UAAUUGAUUAGGGGGUUCUUUGCUAAUUCAUAUUGAGGGAGAAUGGUCCUAUGAGAACCAAUUAUUAUUUGUCACAACCUCAGACACAGUAGUACAAGUCAGCCAUUGACGCUGCUGCUUGAAGUAGUCGUCAAUGAAUCUACGUUACAAUGGCCAGUGGCCUCUCAUGAUCCUUAUUGUCUCUUUGCAUGCCUUUGGUUUGUUUGUAUGAUUUUUUGAUGCCUUGCAGUAGCCCAGAGGGUGCUGAAUGGGCAUUGCCAUGUCCUCUUGAUCGAACAAGCCCAUAGAUGGUACUACUUCAGCUUGAUGGUUUGGGUUUUCAAAUGAUUUCAUUUCGGCAUGCAUUCCAUGGUUCCAGUCAGAUUCAGUCAAUAAUCUGAAAAUAGAGUUUUUGAAAAGUUUAUCCUUUCGAGGCAAAUUCUGUUAUUUCAAAUAGAAAUAGCUAAAAAACCAAUCCGAGGUCUCUCUGGACUUAAAACAUAAAGAAUCACUCAUAUAAGGUUAUGAGUUCGAUUCUAAGUUGUUGGCGAUAGCCUAGCUGGUUAUCUUUGUGGAGUUGGAACAUAAAGAAUCUCAUACAAUGUCAGGUGUUUGAUUUUAAAUUGGCAUCAUUAUUUUCGAGUGGUUUGUGUUGAGUCUCGGCCCAAUUAACUUGUCGGAUGAAUUUGCAUGCGUCUAGCCUGACGCGAGUUUAGGUUUAGUCGACAAUGCAAAUAUUACACUUGCUGAAUGCUGAGAACCUGUCGGUGGGUAAUGUAUGUCCAAACGUUCAGAUUUAUAAGACAUUGAGGCCACACCACCACAGAGGGCUCGAUGGGCCCAAGUCUCAGAUUUUUUUUAUCAAUAUUGGGCUAAACAUUUUUUACACUGUGUGUAAUGGAAUCGGCCCAUCUAUUUUGGACCCAAUUAAUUGAAUUUGAAGGCCCGAGGGUAAAAUAGUAAGGGGCACGACUUGUAAUAAUUGAGAACCGGAUGGCCACAUUGGUAAAUUAACUGCUUUACUUCAAUCCCUACCGCCACUUCUUCAAAUUACCUGUUUUCUAUUUUGUUCUUUUGUAUCCCAUGAAUCGGGGAGGAGAGAUGGAGUUAAAAAAUCCUAAUUUAUGGGAUCUCACAAAGCUAUCCACCAAAAAAAGAUUUCUAAAAGAUAAUGAAUCAAAAACCCACCUCCACCUUUCUGGGAGCUUUGAUUUGGUGUUCAUUUCGUGUUCUUCAUUUCUAUUAUUAUUGCACAUUUGAUCUACAAAAGAUCAUAUGAAUUCCUGCAAUUUUCUAUAAUUGCCUUGAUAUCCCACUUGCAUUCCAAUCAAAACCCAGUUUUUCGCAUAUGGGAUUUUCGUUGAAUCCUUUCUUCGGUGUUAUUUCUUAAGAUUGCCAGUGUACAAAAGAUAAUUUUGGUUAGUGUAUAUAUUUGUAUAGAACUCUUUUGUUUUAAGAUUGUUUGAGAUGGGAAUUGACGCAAAGAAUGUUCAAGUGUACAUGUGGAAAACUCUUAGAUUUCUUAUGAUUACCAGUUGUAGAUUCAUACAUAAGUACCCUUUUGUUUCGGGUACUCUGAUAUUCUUCUUCCUUCUGUAUAUGUUCCUUCCACGAGUUUUCUAUUUUCUGAUUUAUUCUUCUCCAUUCAUUGCUUGUACUGCUGUUUUUGUUCAAGUUUAUUUCAAGUCACAAGAACAAACUGUGUUAAGGAAUGGAAAGGAGGAGGAACGGAUAUCAUCUGCCACCUCUAAUUCUCUUGCAGCUGAUGAUGCUGUCAAUAGAAGUGACGGUGCAUCUCUGCGGAACCAGAAAAGUGUUCGAAGAAAUUUCACAAAGAAGAACAGAGAAUGGGAUGCACGAGAUUUGAGAAUGGGAGAAAAUAUAUUUCCUAAGGCAACUUUGGAUGAUAUUUUGUUUGGCAAGUCUGUGCAGAAGGAAGAAGUUCCAAAAUUAGACUCCGAGGAGAAAAAAGAGUCUUCUUUGAAUCAUGGAGAAAGUGCCUCCGGCUGUGCAUCUGCUUCAGAAAAUGUUCGAGUAUGUGAUGAACACCGGCCAGGCUUUGUUCCUGAACCAUCGAAGCCUGAUAUCGCCUCACAAAAUGGCUCUGAUGAGCAAUCAGAAAAGUAUUAUGGUAAUGGAGCCAGCGAGCUAGAUGUUUCUAGUUCAGAAGAAGAGGGGGAUGAAGAAGAGGAGCGAGAGGAGCGGAAUAAUAAGGCUGUAGAAUGGACUGAGGAUGAUGAAAAGAAUCUUAUGGAUCUUGGGGAUUCUGAGUUAGAAAGAAACAAAAGGUUGGAGAACCUAAUAGCAAAACGAAGGGCAAGAAAGUUAUAUCGAAUGCACGCUGAGAAAAAUCUGAUCGACAUGGACAGUGUUCCUACGACUCAAGUAGCUCCCAUUCUUAUUUCAAGAAAUAACCCUUUCAAUAUUCUAGACAAUCCCAAUGACCUUCUGGGCUUGCAAAUGCCUGGUUCUGCUCCUUCUGUUUUGUUACCGGCAAGGAACCCAUUUGAUAUCCCAUAUGACCCACAAGAAGAAAAGCCUGAUCUUACAGCAGACAGUUUCCUACAAGAAUUUGCAGCUCCUCAUCAGAAAGAACUGAUCUUUUGCAGGCAUGAGAGCUUUUGUUGGGGACCCUUUUCCCCAUUAGAACCCAAUCAACUUGGACAUGAGCCCACUGUAAAUCCUUCUUUGAAUAUUGAUAAGAAGGCACCACAGGGCCCAGGAUUAUCUAGAUUCAAAACACAGCGAGCUAUGGGAAACCAUGACCAGCUAAUUGAACAGUUAUCAUCCGGAGAAGGUGGUACCAUGUUUCGUACUCUGAGUGUAACUGAUCUUGUGACUCAAGGUCCCCAGCCCAUAAAUCAAUUUACAAGCAAAGCUGAAAGUAAUAUGGAAACUGACAGUCGCCAUGAUAUGAAAGGAGCAGAGUUGAGAAAAGAUAAAGAUAAGGAGUUCAGCUUAAUUUGUGGAAGUGGAGCUCAAAUGAAGACAAUUUCAGAGAACAACAAUUAUGGAUCGAGUCAGUCAUCUUCAUCAGAAGACGAUGUACAUAAUUUCAAUCUAAAUAGACCUAAAGUUUCAGAAGUGCUGCAGCCAAAAGAGGAUAAAUUUCCAGAGGCGUUUAGUCGAGCUGUGAAGAAAACCUUCAUUUGCCCAUUGCCAAAGAGGAAAAUUGUAAGUGAGCCUUCAUACGAUGCAAGUCCAUCUGCAGCUGACAAGCUGAAAAUGGAAGACCGCCCAUUCUACAUGGAAAAGGGUUGUCAUACCCCAAGCCUCUCCAUUGCUUCAGACUUGCAAGUGGAGGUCUCAGAAUUAGGUUCUCCUCUGACAAUUGACGGAAAUGUUUCAUCCGGUGAUGAAGAUUCAUUGAUAUAUGAUGGGGACAUAGAUAGGGAUGAUACUUGUAGUGAAGAAAUGUGGGGCGCCUCAUUUCAUGGAGUUCGAGAAGACGAAUCAAGCUUUAGAGAAACUAAUGAGAUCAAUGAGGAGGAUGCCAUGGGGGAAAACCUUUCAACUGUGGAUGAGAAGUCAGAGGAUCAAUUCGGAUUAUCCAUUUUUUCCGAAGAGGUAGGAGAUCAAGAUUCAAACUAUGCAAGUUCAGCGUCGUCUUUGAGAACUGAAACACCUCAAGUGAGUCUAGCAUCAAUGCAUUUCUCAGAUACUGUCAAACAAGUAGCCGAAGAAGUUGGGGAACAUAGGUCUUCUACUUCUACUGGUGCAUUGUCAGCUGAAGAAGCAGUGAAGGUUAUGCAUCGUGGGGAGGAAUCAGUGGCUUGCUCUCCUCAAGAAGUGAUUCCAGAAAAGCUAGAGGAAGCAUUGACUUCUCCCCGGAAGUGUUCACAGGAGAUAAAGGAGGUUUAUGACGUGGAUGAUCCAAUAGUGCAUGAAAACGGAGAACCUUCAAAACCAGCUGGUGGUGGCAAGACUGUUGAGAAUCAAGCUACGGUGGAACAGGGAACACCAUAUGAGGAGAACAAAAAUAUGAAGGUAACUGGAGAUGCCAUAGUUCCAAUUGAGCACAUAGAAAAUGAGGGUAUGUCAAAGUCUGUUGAUGGGAGCAAAGAAGUGGAAAGCACUACAGAUGCUGGAGGUUCUGGGGUGGUCAGUUCAGCGGAAAAUCAAGAAUUGGUGGUUGAACAAGAUUCCAUCAAUUCGAGUACGUCAUCAUCUUCAAAUUCCGUAUUACCAAACGAGACUCUGCGAGGUCGAAUAUCCACGUCUGAUUUUGAUCAGCAAGGUGCCCUACAAUCUGACACAGAAAUCAUAUUAAGAACUAUAACUUUGGAUGAACACCCACCGGAAAAUUUAAUCCUGAAUAUGUCCGGAACACCUUCAGUCAGGGAGUCAUUGGAUCAACAAUCUGUUGAUAACAAUUCUAAAAAAUCACAGGAAACACAAAAUAUUGAAUUGAAUUCUACAGAGGGAGAAAAAGUUACACUUAACACGAACGAACAUGUUGAAGACAAGGAGGGCGAAGAAGAUCCUAAACCCAGCAGCGAACUGAAUGCUAGUGUCUAGUAGGAAAUAUUCAUAUGGUGGCAUUGAGAAACAGAGAUAUCUGCUGGUGCGUGGUAGAGAUUUUUAUUUUUUGAAAUGCCGCUACCAAAUAUGUUUCUCAUUGGAAUCGAAUCUUGGGUACACAUAUGUAUAACCCAAUCGAUUCUUGAUUGAGUCACCUCUCAUUGGCGCAAGUGUUUAUACUUUAUAUACUCGCAUAUUUUCUGGUUAUUUUCAGGUAAUAAAUAAAUUAUAAAUUUCUGUUA